AUGUUAAAGCCACCAAAGUGGCUUUGGUUUCUCGAUCUAACAGUUGGUAUUGUAUUCGUUUCCGGUAUUACGUCGUUUAUUAUUUGGCGACGUUCGGAAGAUUUUAGAAAGGAUACUUUCUCUCGUGUACCCCGAAUUGCUGAUUAUUUUUAUCGGGCGGAAGAUAUAAUUGGUGGACAACUUCGAGGCACACGUUUAAAAAGAAAAGAUUAUCAUAAAUGGUUCCCGGAAGAAGACAAUAAUCAGUGA